AUGAUAAAGAUAUUGAUAUGGACAUUCGUUAUAUCUGCAGUAUUUUUGACCACGAUCGACGUAUUGUUUUCUUUGUUUACUGGAAAGGGUGUACAGAUAAAUAUCGGCUGGUUUUUGACAGAAGGAGAACCAGUUUUUUGGCAAGCAUUGGGAAUAAGCUUUUCAGUUAGUUUAUCGGUGUGCGGAGCCGCAUUGGGAAUAUACGCAACAGGCGUAAGCAUAAUUGGUGGAGGUGUAAGAGCCCCAAGGAUUAAAACAAAGAACUUAAUAUCGGUGAUAUUUUGCGAAGCGGUUGCCAUAUAUGGGUUGAUAACUUCCAUUGUGUUGUGUGGGAUCUUGGAGGUGUAUUCCAGCAAAGAGUUGCUUCACGAUGCAAAUUUGAAGGAAAUGUUGUUAAUGGCAGGGCAGCUUAUGUUUACAGCGGGUGUAUCGGUGGGUUUUGUAAAUUUGUUUUGCGGGGUCUGUGUGGGGCUGGUGGGUUCGGGGGCUGCCCUAGCGGAUGCGGCGAAUCCUUCGCUGUUUGUUAAGAUUUUAAUAAUCGAGAUUUUUGCUAGUGCUAUCGGUUUGUUUGGGUUAAUCGUUGGGGUUUAUAUUCUAUCGAGAGUUCCCAGUAAAGGGUAA